AUGGGGGAGGGGGAAGAGGCGAAUGCUGAGGCUUCCCUCGCGCCGCUGGGUCGGCCGUGGGGCAAGUCGCGGAACGCAGGAGGAGGAGGCGCGGUGGGGGAUGCUUCGCGUUCCCGUUGUUAUUAUUACUCCAUGUGUCUCUGCAUUGCCGCCGUUUUUGCCUCUGUUUAUUUCCAUGGACACGGGGCCGGUGGAUUUCAGUCAAUUUUCCCGCUCUUGGAGUUUGCUUGUUUCCUGUUUUACUUGGCCACGCGAAACAGCGAGCAGCACGGGGAGGGGACGGCGGCGGGCGCGUUCUUGGCGACGCCGCGCAUUAUUAUUAUCAUUAUUUUUUGUUUUGCUCCGAGGGCUGGGGAAAAGGGAAGGCAACGAAGCGGCGCCUCUCCGUCGCCCUCUCUGUUGGGGUCCGGGGGGCUGCCUUCUGGCGCGUGA